GCCCCUCAGAGCCUGUGAGUCAGCACUGUCCACGGGAUUGGUCUCUCCCCUUCGCUCCCCGCCCCUGGGGAGGAGCCAGGCAGCUCUAGGUCCAGCCUGUUCUCCUCUCAGCCAGAGAAGAGGCUCCAUCCACGCUGGGCAGAGAUGGGGCCUGGAACUGUCUGGGUCUGAGCCGCGGGAGCCAGAGCCACUUGUCCCUCUCCCUCCCCAGGACCCUUGAGACCCCUGGGCCACAGAGGUCCGAUCAGGCUAAGGGCCUGGGGAUGCCCCCUGCCUGGCCCCCUUGCCCUGACUGGCAGGGGGGCCAGGCUGGGCAGCAGCCUCCCUCUCACUCCAGCCAUGGAUCUCCUGCCCCCCAAGCCCAAGUACAACCCACUUCGGAAUGAGUCUCUGUCAUCGCUGGAGGAGGGGGCUUCAGGGUCCACUCCACCAGAGGAGCUGCCUUCCCCGUCAGCCUCGUCCCUGGGGCCCAUGCUGCCACCUCUGCCAGGGGACGACAGCCCCACCACCCUGUGCUCCUUCUUCCCCCGGAUGAGCAACCUGAAGCUGGCCAACCCAGCUGGGGGGCGCCCAGGGCCGAAGGGGGAUCCAGGAAGGGCAGCCGAGGAUGGGGAGGGGACCGUCGGGGCAGCUGUACCCGACUCAGGCCCCCUGCCCUUCCUCCAGGACAUGAACAAGCUGAGUGGAGGCGGCGGGCGCAGGACUCGGGUGGAAGGGGGCCAGCUGGGGGGCGAGGAGUGGACCCGCCACGGGAGCUUCGUCAAUAAGCCCACGCGGGGCUGGCUGCAUCCCAACGACAAAGUCAUGGGACCCGGGGUUUCCUACUUGGUUCGGUACAUGGGCUGUGUGGAGGUCCUGCAGUCGAUGCGCGCCCUGGACUUCAACACCCGGACUCAGGUCACCAGGGAGGCCAUCAGUCUGGUGUGUGAGGCUGUGCCGGGUGCGAAGGGGGCGACAAGGAGGAGAAAGCCCUGUGGCCGCCCACUCAGCUCCAUCCUGGGGAGGAGUAACCUGAAAUUUGCUGGAAUGCCAAUCACUCUCACCGUCUCCACCAGCAGCCUCAACCUCAUGGCCGCAGACUGCAAACAGAUCAUCGCCAACCACCACAUGCAAUCCAUCUCGUUUGCGUCCGGCGGGGACCCGGACACAGCCGAAUAUGUCGCCUAUGUUGCCAAAGACCCGGUGAAUCAGAGAGCCUGCCACAUCCUGGAGUGUCCCGAAGGGCUUGCUCAGGACGUCAUCAGCACCAUUGGCCAGGCCUUUGAGUUGCGCUUCAAACAAUACCUCAGGAACCCGCCCAAGCUGGUCACCCCUCAUGACAGGAUGGCUGGCUUCGAUGGCUCAGCUUGGGAUGAGGAGGAGGAAGAGCCGCCUGACCAUCAGUACUAUAAUGACUUUCCGGGGAAGGAGCCCCCUCUUGGGGGGGUAGUGGACAUGAGGCUUCGGGAAGGAGUGCCCCCGGGGGCUGCUCGACCCACUCCCCCCAGCGCCCAGACCCCCAGCCACCUGGGAGCCACACUGCCUGUGGGGCAGCCUCCUGGGGGCGACCCAGAAGCCCGCAAACAGAUGCUGCCGCCGCCACCCUGCCCAGCAGGCAGAGAGCUCUUUGAUGAUCCCUCUUAUGUCAACGUCCAGAACCUAGACAAGGCCCGGCAAGCAGGGGCCGGGGCCGGGCCCCCCAAUCCUACCAUCAAUGGAAGCGCACCCCGAGACCUCUUUGACAUGAAGCCCUUCGAAGAUGCCCUUCGGGUGCCUCCACCUCCCCAGUCGGUGGCCAUGGCCGAGCAACUCCGAGGGGAGCCCUGGUUCCAUGGGAAGCUGAGCCGGCGCGAGGCCGAGGCACUGCUGCAGCUCAACGGGGACUUCCUGGUGCGGGAAAGCACGACCACACCUGGCCAGUACGUGCUGACCGGCUUGCAGAGCGGGCAGCCCAAGCACCUGCUCCUGGUGGACCCUGAGGGUGUGGUUCGGACAAAGGAUCACCGCUUCGAGAGUGUCAGUCACCUCAUCAGCUACCACAUGGACAAUCACUUGCCCAUCAUCUCUGCGGGCAGCGAACUGUGUCUCCAGCAACCUGUGGAGAGGAAACUGUGAUCUGUCCCAGUGCUCUCUCCCAGAAGAUGCCCUGCGACUCCUACUACCCUGUUCCCUCUCAGGACCUCACUCGGGAGUGUUCUGUGGGCUUGGCCCUGCAUAGGGCUGGGGGUAGUGUGGACAGUGGGUUCAGCAUCCAGCUGAGGGAGAGGGUUUGAGUCAGGAGCCAGGGGUAGAGUCCUGCUUCUCCCCAAACCUCACCAAAGUAUUAAUGUACAGAGCGGCCCCCUUCCCUGGGCCUUUCCUGUGCCAACUUGAUACCCCCUUCCCCAAGGUGGGUACUGGAGGCCUAGGCAGUGUGCCUCCUUGUGCUGGAACAUGUCCUGUGGUGAUUGGCCCAGUGGCGACAUCACCCUUCCAGGGAACGGGGAAUGAAUCACACCUUUAGUCCACCCCUGGGCUCAGGGUACCCCAGACCCCUCUCAAACCACCCUCUUUCCGAGCAUUUAAACUUUGUGCCUUUGACCAUCUGCUAGGUCUGAAGAUAUUUUAUGCAAAGAGCUCUUGGGCCCCUGAGGUCAAGGACAUGGGUGCUGACACCUUGGCUUCUGGGACCUGGUCCUCUCCUUGCUCAGCACCCUCUCCAGUUCAGGUUGGACGAAGAGAGGCAGGAGUGGCAACUGUCCCCUCUCCCUGGGGAUAUGCCACCCUUCGAGACUGCCUCAGAGCCCCCCUCUUGGCCAGUGGGGAGAUGGACCCCUCCCUUGCUCAGUGCCUCCUGGCCAGGACCCCUGGCCCCAGGGGUCUGUAUAUAAACAUUUCGUACACCCACCCCUCCCAUGUUGCAUGCAUGUUAUAUCUACAGCCAAAGUAUAGCCCUUCUUCCUGUAGCCUCUGCCCUGCCUCCCCCUGCUGGGGGGAUGGGGGUGAUGACUGAACUAUCCAUUCUCCCAGGUGGAUUUUUGUGGAGGUGGGAUCAGGGGCCUUGAGACUCUAAAGCAGUAGACAAUCCCCAAAUAUCAUUGGUAGAUUUGGAACUGCAUUUAUUUUUUAUUUUAUUCGCCUAUGUUUUAGGGCUGUAGAUUUACUUUCCUCAUUUGUUUUCCAUAGCUUUUCUUGAGCACAAAAUGAUAAUAAUCGGUAGCGUUUCUACAUCACCUCUUUGACUCUUCAAAGCCCUUUUACAACUCCUGACCUUUUCCUCACCCCAGCUUGUGAGGCACUUGGGACCCGCAGCAGCCUCUCUUCCACCGGAGAGAACUGAGUCUGAGUGUGAGCUAGGACUAGAGAAACUUGGGCCUCCCACCGCCAGGCUGGGAGGCACAAGUUGGGCUGAAUUAGUGCUAGUUUCCCACGGGGGUCGGGGGGACUUUCAACCCGCAGUUUCGGAGUCCCUUGUCCAAGCCGGGCCCUGCCGCAAAGACAGAAGCCGGUCCUGCUCUGUCCUUAGGUCCCGUGGAUAAGGGAGAAGCACUGUCUAAAUCCUCGCCUCCUCUUUUAUAAAUUGUUUUUUUUUCUUUUCUUUUUUGUUUGGAUGUCUUCACGGGUCUCACUUAUACCAAAGGGGAAGAAUCUUCAUUAAAAUCCAUAUUUCUUCUA